AUGCGUUGUUCUCUGCAGAAAGCAAUUACCGGUCAGCUGCUGCCCAAUGUGUUCAAGUCUCACGCAUGGGGAAUCCUGCACACGUUGCUGGAGAUGUUCAGCUACAGGAUGCACCAUAUCCAGCCUCACUACAGAGUCCAGCUGCUGAGUCAUCUGCACAGCCUCGCUGCAGUACCACAAACCAACCAGAACCAGCUGCAUCUGUGUGUUGAGAGCACAGCUCUGCGUCUGAUCACAGCGUUGGGCAGUUCAGAGGUACAACCUCAGUUCACUCGCUUCCUCAGUGACCCAAAGACAGUUCUGUCUGCUGAAUCUGAGGAGCUGAACCGAGCCUUGAUCCUGACCCUGGCCAGAGCCACACAUGUUACUGAUUUUUUCACAGGGUCUGACUCCAUCCAUGGCACCUGGUGUAAGGACAUCCUCCAGACCAUCAUGAACUUUACACCUCACAACUGGGCCUCACACACACUGUCCUGCUUCCCUGCUCCUUUGCAGGCAUUUUUCAAGCAGAACAACGUUCCUCAGGAGUCUCGUUUCAACCUGAAGAAGAAUGUAGAAGAGGAGUACAGGAAGUGGAAGUCAAUGGCCAAUGAGAAUGACAUCAUCACCCACUUCUCCAUGCAGGGCUCUCCUCCCCUUUUCCUGUGUCUCCUGUGGAAGAUGCUGCUGGAGACUGACCACAUAAACCAGAUCGGCUUUAGGGUCUUGGAGCGAAUUGGAGCUCGUGCAUUGGUGGCUCAUGUCCGCACCUUCGCUGACUUCCUCGUCUACGAGUUUUCAACUUCAGCUGGCGGACAGCAGCUCAAUAAGUGCAUUGAAAUACUCAACGACAUGGUCUGGAAAUACAACAUAGUCACACUGGACAGGCUCAUUUUGUGUUUGGCGAUGCGUAGCCAUGAAGGAAACGAGGCUCAGGUUUGCUACUUCAUAAUUCAGCUGCUUUUGUUGAAGCCUAACGACUUUAGGAACCGAGUCAAUGAUUUUGUGAAGGAGAACGCCCCCGAGCACUGGCUGCAGAGCGACUGGCACAGCAAGCACAUAAGCUACCACAAGAAAUACCCAGAGAAAUUGUACUUUGAGGGUCUUGCAGAGCAAGUCAACCCUCCCAUGCAGCUUCAACAACAGUACCUGCCAAUCUACUUUGGCAAUGUGUGUCUUCGCUUCCUGCCCGUCUUUGAUAUCGUUAUCCACCGCUUCCUGGAGCUUCUUCCUGUCUCCAAAUCUCUGGAAACGCUGCUGGACCAUCUGGGAGGACUGUACAAGUUCCACGACCGCCCGGUGACAUACCUGUACAACACCCUUCACUACUAUGAACGGCAUCUGAGAGACAGAACCAACCUGAAGAGGAAACUGGUCCAUGCCAUCAUGUCUUCACUGAAGGACAAUCGUACCCCGGGUUGGUGUCUGAGCGAAACGUAUUUAAAAUUUGGAAUGAACCCCAGAGAGGAUAACGUAUUUAUCCCUGAUGACACCUACUACUGCAAGCUGAUUGGACGCCUUGUGGACACCAUGGCGGGAAAGUCACCUGGUCCCUUCCCCAACUGUGACUGGAGAUUCAACGAGUUCCCCAACCCCGCAGCUCACGCCCUGCACGUCACCUGUGUGGAGCUGAUGGCUCUGUCUGUCCCAGGACAAGAUGUCGGCAACGCUUUGCUCAACGUUGUGUUGAAGAGUCAGCCUCUGGUUCCCAGAGAGAACAUCACGGCUUGGAUGAAUGCAACUGGGCUUGUGAUCACUGCACUUCCUGAGCCCUACUGGAUCGUCCUCCACGAUCACAUCGUGUCCGUUCUCAGCUCUCCAGCUCUGACAUCGGAGACAGAGUGGGGAGAUUAUCCUUUCGCCUUGCUCGACUUCACUGCUUGCCACCAAAGCUACAGCGAAAUGAACUGCAGCUAUGUGCUAGCGUUAGCGCACGCCAUCUGGCAUCACUCAUCCAUUGGACAGCUGUCUCUGAUUCCCAAAUUUCUGUCCGAGACCCUGAAGCCCAUCGUCAAGACAGAGUUCCAGUUACUUUACGUGUAUCACCUGGUCGGGCCGUUCCUGCAGCGCUUCCAGCAGGAGAGGACACGAUGCAUGUUGGAGAUUGGUGUGGCUUUCUACGAGAUGCUGCAGGCCGUCGACCAGCACUGCCAUCAUCUCAGCUACAUGGACCCAGUCUGUGACUUCCUGUAUCACAUUAAAUACAUAUACACCGGAGACAGUGUGAAAGAACAGGUGGAGAAAAUCAUCAUGACUUUGCGUCCAGCCAUGAAGCUGCGUCUUCGCUUCAUCACUCACAGCAGCAUGAUAGAGACUUCCACAUCAGCUGCUAGCAGCGCCUCCACAUCCUCUGCUGCCUCCUCCUCCUCGUGCACCCCUCAGCCCCCUCCCUCCUCACUCUCCUCUUCCAAUGCCACAGCCUCUCCCUCCUCCUCCUCCUCCUCCUCGCAGCACACACACACACCAUUGUAG